AGGUCUGGGUAUAAAGCCUGAUGUCAACAGUCAGAGGCUGUACUCCCUGAUACUCACUACCUGCCUGAGAUCCGUGGAGCAUCUGGGGCGCAUCCAAUCAGGAAAAGAAGUAAUCUGCAGGUUACGGAAACAUGGCAAAGGUUUACAAGAAGACCAGUGGAAAUGGAGGAUUAACCCUGUACUUGGGGAAGAGAGAUUAUGUUGAUCAUGUUAACAUCGUUGAUUCUGUUGAGGGUGUACUGAAGAUUGACCCUGCAGAUCUUGGAGACAGGAAAGUGUGGGUGCAACUAGUAUGUGCCUUCCGCUAUGGCCGUGAUGACCUGGAUGUCAUUGGCCUGUCGUUCAGGAAGGAUAUCUGGGCCCAGCAGGUCCAGCUGUACCCUACAGGAGCACACAAGCCCACCCCGACCCCCAUGCAUGAAUGCCUGCUGAAGAAGGCCGGCGACCAGGGCCACGCCUUCACAUUCAACAUUCCCACCAACCUGCCAUGCUCAGUCACUCUGCAGCCAAACCUGGAAGACAAGGGCAAAGCCUGUGGAGUGGACUUCGAGGUCAAGGCCUACCUCGCCAAGGAGGCCGACAACCCCGAAGAGAAGGUUGAUAAGAAAGACACCUGCCGUCUUAUCAUCCGUAAAAUCCAGUUUGCUCCGGACAAGGACACUGCAGGGCCCAAGGCCGACAUCUGCAAGAGCUUCAUGAUGUCCGACAAACCCGUUCACCUGGAGGCCUCUCUGGAAAAGGAGCUCUUCUACCACGGAGACCCCAUCCCUAUCAAAAUCAAGGUCAACAAUGAGACAACCAAAACUGUGAAGAAAAUCAAAAUCACGAUUGACCAGACCACAGAUGUGGUGCUCUACUCAGCAGAUAAAUACACCAAGAAUGUCCUUAGUCAGGAGUUUGCGGAGACGGUAGAGGCCAGUGCGACUUUUGAAAAGGCACUGACGGUCACCCCCUUGCUGGUAGACAACAAGGAGAAGACCGGCCUGGCCCUGGAUGGCAGGUUGAAGGAUGAGGACACCAACCUGGCGUCUACCACAGUGCUGAGAGCCGGCAUGGACAAGGAGGUUCUGGGUAUCCUGGUGUCCUACAAGAUCAAGGUCAACCUGAUGGUGUCUGGAGGAGGCUUGCUUGGAGGACUCACAGCCAGUGACGUAACAGUGGAGCUCCCAUUGGUUCUCAUGCACCCCAAACCCAAAGAAGUGUAAGUAUUAAAUAGAUAUCAAUUACUUGCUUAAUCUCCAGCAUUGUCAACAUGUUUUGAAAAAAGAACUUCAGGGAAACAUUUCAAAACAUCUGUAAACAUGAUGUGAGUGUUAAGUGUGUGCUUAGCUUCUUGUUAUGUCUAACCCUGAUGACGCCACGCUUCUGAUGUUUCUGCAGCCCGCUGGAGUAGAGUCCCUUGUAGCCAGAUCGGAUGUUACCCUGCUGGUUGAUUAGACCACCCUAGAGACAAGACAAGGAAGAGGAAGGACAGCAGAGGCAGGAGGAACCUGGAGCUUUGAACCGAGGUCCCACACCUAGAUCAACGCAAACAGAAUAUUAGUUUUGUCUCACGAAAAGUAACGAAUCAUAGACGUUGAUGUUGCUGUGUGUUCUCUAUUGAGUCCUGUUUGAUCUUAUGUGACAUCUCAGAUUGUGGGGCAGGGGAACGGGGCUAUAGGAGCUAGUUGUGUCCAAAUGACCCAAUAGCUAUGCAGAUAUAAACCCAUCCAUGCCCCCCUAUGUCACCUCUUAUCUAGGAGGUGAAAGCUCAAAGGGUCAUGACCUAGGUACAAUUCAUCCUCUUCUCAAUUCCAAAUAUUCCUCUAGUUCUAAAACUGUCAACCAAUUUAGUUUUCUGUGAUUUGUUUCUGUGUAUGUGUAUGGAACUAUUUUUUUGACUGCUCAGUCAUUGACCAAAAUAAAAACAACAUACAUACUUCUAAAA